ACAAUGUUACUUCCUGCUUAACAUUAAAGUGCAUCAGAGACUGACAACUACCUUUAGCGUGCAAGUCUUUGUUGCGAUUUUGUACCACCUUGUGGUGAAUCUGGGGAAGUUCAAGUGGGCCCAAACUACUCAACAUCAAGUUCCAAAUAUUGUUUUAGUAGUAGUAUGAUAUCCUUUUUUAUAUGUACAUAUAUAAAAGUGCUCAUAAAAAACUACGCUGUUUUAAAGAGGAGAGGGAGGUAUGGUGAUGACGGGUCGACUCUGUGUGCCAGAUGGGACGGUGUCAUUCACUCACAGUAUUAUGGGAAGCCCAUUUUGUUGCCACGCUCACGCAGAAUGAGAAUAUUAAUGAGGCUGAAUGGAUCCAGGGGGUUACGAGGUUCACCGUCUCUUUCAGUGUGUACAAUGGCUAAUAUGUAACGACGGUAAAAGCAAUGAUCUGUAAAACAUCUGAUGGCUGCACAGUCGGGGGGUAAACAGUUUUUGGAACAGCUCUUAAAAUGCUGAGCUCUCACGACUUGGGAACACAUCAUUUUAUUCCAUGUGGGUCCAAUCUGGAGAGCUUGCAGCUGUUGCCAUGGCUCUGUUUAAUGAUUUAUGAUGGCAGGGUGAGAUAUAAAGCUCUAUCUCAGACGGGGAAGGGGUUUGUGGUGUUUUGACUGGUGCCGAAGAAGCAGCUGCUGGACGCGGGCACACAGAAAGGAUGGAUUUUGUCUACAGCAGUGGCGUGCUGGUUAUACAGCACAUCCAGAACAACUAUAGGGAAUACCACGACUUCCUCAACUUUAUGUCAACUGUGGGAGACCCUCGUAAUAUUUUCUCUGUUUAUUUCCCCCUCUGGUUCCAUCUCAGUCAUAAUGUGGGCAUCAAGAUGAUAUGGGUGGCUGUUAUUGGAGACUGGCUAAAUCUCGUUUUCAAAUGGAUUCUGUUUGGCCACCGACCUUACUGGUGGGUGCAAGAGACUAUGUUCUACCAGAACGAUUCAUUCCCGCACUUGGAGCAAUUCCACAUCACAUGUGAAACAGGGCCAGGAAGUCCGUCCGGUCAUGCCAUGGGCUCAUCUUGUGUGUGGUACGUGAUGAUCACCUCUGCUCUCAACUUCACCAGGCCUGCCUCCUCUGUCACUUCUCUGCAAAGAUUCCAAAGGUUUCGUCUUCUGAGGUCUUGCCUGUGGAUGGCUUUUUGGGUAGUUCAGAUAAGUGUCUGCAUCUCCAGGGUUUUCAUCGCGACCCAUUUCCCACACCAGGUCAUCCUCGGUCUCUUAGCCGGUAUGCUGGUUGCGGAGGCGUUCAAUCACAUCCCCUCAAUCUACAAUGCAAGCUUGAAAGUGUACCUCCAGACCAAUGUUUGUCUUUUCUCCUUUGCCGGUUGCUUUUAUCUGAUCCUCAAAUCGACAGAGCUCGAUCCACUGUGGUCAGUAACUAAAGCCAAGAGGUGGUGUGCUAACCCAGACUGGAUCCAUCUCGACACAACGCCUUUUGCCGGUCUGGUGAGAAACCUGGGAGCCCUGUUCGGUUUGGGCCUGGCGGUGAACUCUCAGAUGUUCAUCCAGAGCUGCAAGGGGAAGAACGGCUACAAAACCCGAUUCAAGCUCAUGUGUGUGACUGCAACUCUUACAUCUCUGCAGGUGUAUGACUUCAUCAAAAUGCCCACGAACACCGAAGUCGUGUUCUACAUUUUAUCGUUUUGUAAGAGUGCUUCAGUUCCUCUCGGUGUGGUUGCAGUCAUUCCUUACUGUGUACAUUUGCUGAUCGGAGACGAGGACCGCAAAAUAGCUUAGAAUAUGGGGGGAUUGUGAGGUUCUUGUAACAUUGUGUUA